AAAAAGUUCAUCCAAAAUCACAAAAAGUUCGAUAAUAAUUGAAAACAAAAAGGAUCCCAAAAAUAAAGUUGAUAGAAUAUGAACGUACAAGAGGAUCAACGACUGUGGGCUGAUGUAUCUCCAGAUCUCUUGAAUUCCAUCUACAACAGACUCUCGUCCCAUGUUGACGAGUUUUCCAGCUCGGACGUCUUCCAAGUGCGGGAGGGUAAUCGACUAGUCCUCCAACGACGCCGUGAAUCUCAAAUCCCGUAUUGCCUUGCAAAUGUAGACAUAAGAAUCCUAGGGAUGGCUGGUGCGUGGUUGCUUGUAAAAGUGCGUGACGCUGGUUUGGGCUGGUACAAUCCUCUACUUCGAAGUCCUGCAAAUUACAUUAGUCUUCCCAGCCCGAGUUGGCGUUUUUCUACCUACGACUACCAUUACGGACCAGGCACUGUGCUCAAAUUUGCUUUCUCAGCGCUACCCACUGCUCAGGACUCAACGAUCCUCGUGGUGUAUGGUGACCGCUAUCUAUGCAUGUUCCGUCGUGGAAACAAUGGUAGAUUUGAGCAAAAAACAUAUGAUUUCUCCUUGGGUGGGAAAAAAGGACAAACAUGCCUUGGUGUGGGCUACAAAGAUGGUAGAUUCUUCUGUUUAUUUGAAAUGGGGGAUAUGUUGAUUUUCAGCAUCGACGAGAAUGAGGCCAGGAUGUUGUUGGCAGCGACUAAGCCCCUGCUCCCAGAACAAAUCCAACAAUGGGACUAUUUGCAUGUUGUGGCAGUGGUGGUGGUGGCGAAAAAGGCCACGACGGCAAAUGAUCGAUACCAUGAGGUAGAAGAGACGAUAGGGUUUAGGCUAGUCACUCAUUGGGAGCGAGAUCGUGAAGGGAGCUUCAUGCUAGUCACAUUGGAGGAAGAGAAUAACGAUGGUAAUGACAUGGAGGCCAACAACGAAACAACAGGAGUGAUUUUAGUGAAGGAUCGGUUGUCAUUGAAGAGGAAUUUUGACAUAUAUUAUAUGAAAAUACUGUAUGCUCUUUUUUCCAUGCUUUUAACUUCUUUUAUUGUUGGGACUGUCUUGUUCUUCCGAACUUAGAGUAAUG